UUUGACAUUUAUCAUUUAACUCGUAGAAAACAAUUUACUUUAAUUUUUUAUUAUUUAACUUAAUAUAAUUAAGAACGAGAAAGUGAGAUAUCCAGUUCAAAGGAAAACUUACUAUUUGUAAUUUUUGUGUUAUAAUUUAAAAUAAACUAUAAAUGAAUAAUUUUGGGGAGCAGCAUUGUAAGCUAUGUCUCGGGCUCAUAAGGGAUGAAUAUUUUGAAGAAGUAAAAGACAUGAACCCCAGUGUAGUCGAAGAUCCCGAUCUUUGUAGACAAUGUACUGGUUCUCGUGGUACCCACAGCAGUUUUAUAAAGAACCAUUUAGAGGUAGAGCAAACAGUUGGCAGUUAUAAAGCUGUCUCUGAGGGUCAGCCUCAGAUAACUCCAUCAAUAGAUUUAUACAUAAAAACUGAGGAGAAUGAAAUAAAAUCUGAACGAAGGGAGCAGCAUUGUAAGCUAUGUCUCGGGAUCAUAAGGGAUGAACAUUUUGAAGAAGGAACAGACAUGAACCCCAGUGUAGUCGAAGAUCCCGAUCUUUGUAGACAAUGUACUGGUUCUCAUGGUACUCGCAGCAGUUUUAUAAAGAACCAUUUAGAGGUAGAGGAAAAAGUCGACAGUUAUAAAGCUAUCUCUGAGGGUCAGCCUCAGAUAACUCCAUCAAUAUACAUAAAAACUGAGAUUGAAAUAAAAUCUGAACGAAUGGAGCAGGAAGAAGAAUUGCUUGAAGUUUAUCCUACCAUACCGAUAUGUGAAGAUGUGAAAUUGAAUAAAAUCGAGCUUGAGGAAAUAAAAUUGGAAGAUGAGAGUAGUGGACCUUGGAAUAUUUCAUCCCAAAAAUUAGAACUUGAAGAAAUCCCUGAAACAACAGAAAACCAGCGAGUGCCUGCGAAACGCUUAAAGAAACUCGGGCGGAAAAUAAUUUUAAAGAACACGGGCAUGCACUUAGAAGCUCGACUGUACAUGUGUGAUUUGUGUGAUUAUAAGUCUAAAUAUAAAAACAAUCUUAAGCUCCACCAGAUGAAACAUGCAGAUCCUUCAAAAGCGGAAAUGUACAAGUGUGACUUGUGUGACUUUACUACCAUAAAUAAGUACAGACUUAGGCCCCACCAAUUGAAACAUGCGGAUCCUUCGGAAGUGCGUAUGUACAAAUGUUAUUUGUGUAAUUUCAAAAGCAAAUAUAGGACCAGCCUUAGGUCGCACCAGUUAAGCCACGCAGACUCCUCAGUAGUGCAAAUGUACACGUGUGAUUUGUGUGAUUUUACAACCAAAUAUAAGUAUAAACUUAAACCACACCAGUUGAAACACGCAGACCCUUUAAAAUUGCCAAUGUACAAGUGUGAUUUGUGUGAUUUUGAGUCCAAUUAUAAGGAUACUAUUUCUCGUCAUCAGUUGAAGCAUGCCAACCCUUCAGAAGUGCAAAUGUACACAUGCAAUUUGUGCGAUUUUAAGUCCAAGUAUAAGAACACUAUUUCCCGCCACCAGUUGAAACAUGCGGACCCUUUAAAAGUGAAAAUGUACAAAUGUAAUUUGUGUGAUUUUAAAACUAAAUAUAAGGACAAACUUAGGCCCCAUCAAUUAAAACACAAAGACUCGUCAAAAGUGUCGAUGUACACGUGUGAUUUAUGCGAUUUUAAGACCGUGUAUAAAAGCACUCUUGGCCGUCAUCAGUUGAAACACGCCGAUCCUUCAGAUGUGUGUAUGUACAAGUGCGAUUUGUGUGAUUAUAGGACCAAAUAUAAGAACGGUUUUAAGUCUCACCAGUUGAAACACGCGGACCCUUCAGAAGUGGAAAUGUACAAGUGCGAUUCGUGUGAUUAUAGGACCAAAUAUAAGAACGGUCUUAAGUCUCACCAGUUGAAACACGCAGAUCCUUCAAAAGUGCAAAUGUACACAUGCGAUUUGUGCGAUUUUAAGUCCAAGUAUAAGAACACUAUUUCCCGCCAUCAGUUGAAACACGCGGAUCCUUCGGAAGUGCAUUUGUACAAUUGUGAUUUGUGUGAUUUCGCAACCAAAUAUGAGGACAGUUUUAAGUCUCAUCAGUUUAGACACGCCGACCCUUCAAAAGUGAGGAUAUACAAAUUCGAUUUGUAUGAUUUUGAAAGCAAAUAUAAGAACAAUCUUAAGACAUAUUAGUCGCAACACGCCGACCCUUGAAUAUUGGGAAUGUACUCUUGAGAUACGUGAUUUUAUGACCAAUAUAAGAAACAUCUUAAGAUCCAUUAGUUAAACAUGUGGUCACUACAAAAGUGCGAAUAUGCACAUGCGAUUUGUGUGAUUUUUAAUCAAAAUAUAAGGAUAUAAGAUCCACCAGUUGCAACAGCAUACAAAUAUGAAUCUACACGGUGAUUAGGGAGAUAAAUAUCUUGGAAAAAUUACCGAAGAUAAUUAAAUUCUGUGGUAGGAACAUAUUUUUAGUGGUUAAUACAUAUAGUGUAAUUUGAGAUUAUUUUUUUUAAUGAAAUAAAUAGGUGAGCUAUAAUUCUUUUUUUAACAAGCACUCUUGUGUAUCCUGCCGUAGGACAGAACUUCGACUGAAGUUGUGUCAGUGUUGCCAGUUACUACUGCUUUUGUUAUUUUAAAGUCAUCUUAUAUUUUAUAUGAAUGUGAAGUCCCGAAUAUUAAAUACAUUUUUAAUGUUUUUAUAAAAUGACUUGCAUAAUUCAUUAAAUAUGUAUUAAUGUGGAUAUGUAUGUAGAUAAGCAUAUGUUAUUAAUUAUAAG